AAAAUAAGCAACCGGAAGUGUUUGACUCCCUGAUUCUGGAUUUAGUAAAUAAAUAAAAGUCAGGCUGAGCACUGCCCUGAACUGAAUUUGGGGAGAAUUAGAAUUUUUUAAUAAUAAACUUAUAGCUAUAAAAUGCAAGAAUUGAAUGAUACCAAAGCAAUCUCCUCUGAGUUUGCACAUUUGCCAGAUUCAGAGAAUUACAUAAAUAAACUGGAGAAUAAAUUAUGCAAGCUGAAAGGAUCUGACAAGGCACUUUCGUCCAAAAGCAUGUUGAUGGUCUUAGAGAAAGCAAAAGAUGAUUACUUAAAUCGUCUCAUGACAUCUUCCAGUGAUAACCUCACACCAUUUGAUGAUGAUGCUGACAAGGAAGUUUCUGUUUCAUAUCUUGAAAAAAAACUAUUUCCUGAAAAAAUUGGGGUAACCCAAGAAGAGUUGCAACAUCUUUUAGAAUCAGAUGUUUUGGCAAAAGCUACUGCAGAGAAUGGAUGUAAAGACUCCUUAGCGGAUGUUAACAUUGACAGAUAAAUAAUAUAUGUGUAUGAAGUAAUUCCUGAAAUGGAUGUUUUUCUGCUGUAUCAUAUUAUAUAAAAUUUAUAAUAAUUUA